UAGGUAAAACAACCUUAGCGAACGAAGUUUACAAUGAUGCGUGCAUUCGUUCUCAUUUUGAUGUUUGUGCCUGGGCUACUAUUUCGCAACAGCACAAUGUAAAGGAAAUCUUGUUGAGCCUUCUGCGUUCUACUAAGAGUGACUCAUUUGACAUGAACGAUGAAGCAGAGCUUGCAAAUAUGCUACAAAAGAGUUUAAAGGGUAAGAGAUAUUUAAUUGUUUUGGAUGACAUGUGGAAAACUGAAGCAUGGGAUGCCGUGAGACUAUGUUUUCCAAGUGAAAACAAGGGGAGUGGAAUAUUAUUGACGACCCGUAACAUUGAAGUAGCUCGCGAUGCUGGUACAGAGAAUCUUUCUUUGCAGAUGGAUUUAAUGGGUCCGGAUGAGAGUUGGAACCUUUUUAAAAGUGUUGCAUUUGCAAAUGAAGCAUUACCAUCUGAGUUCGAGACUAUUGGGAAGCAAAUUGCAGAGAAAUGUCACGGGUUACCACUAACUAUUGCCGUGGUUGCUGGGCUUCUCAAAUCUAAAAGGGCAAUAGAAGACUGGGAAAAUGUUGCUAAAGAUGUCAAGUCAUUUGUCACAAAUGAUGCUGAUGAACGAUGUUCACGUGUACUUAGGUUGAGUUACAAUCACUUGACUAGCGAUCUAAAGACUUGUCUACUGCAUUUUGGAAUUUUUCCAGAAGACAGUGAGAUACCAGUGAAGAAUUUGAUGAGAUCAUGGAUGGCUGAGGGGUUCCUAAAGUUGGAAAAUGAUUUGGAAGGAGAGGCCGAGAAGUGUUUGCAAGAGCUUGUCGAUAGAUGUCUAGUCCUCGUCUGCAAGAAAAGUCUAGAUGAAACAAAAAUUAGAUCAUGUAAAGUUCAUGAUCUAAUAUAUGACCUGUGCUUGAGAGAAAUUGAAAGGGAGAACCAUUUUAUCAUGAACGAUAUUGUGCUUGAAUUUGAUUCAGGAUGGACAUAUCUCAGUUUGCGAAAAAUGAAGCCCUUUAAAUGCGUGACUGGUGAUGAAAUUGAUUAUUGUCGCUCUGGUCUUUAUAGGGCUCUUCUUAUCCCUGUACAUCGUCAGUUGAGAGAUCAUGACAACAACGAUCUUUUCAAUCGAACCCGUUCUAUUUUCUCUUCUUACCCCUGUACAUCACAUUUUUUUCGCAAAUCAGAGCUUAUUCAUUUCAAAUUACUCAAAGUCUUGGAGUUGAGAAACAUAGAUAUGGAUCAUUUCCCUGUACAGAUUCUAAGCCUCAUCUGGUUGAGGUACCUAUUAUUGCUCUGCAAGAAGUAUUUAGACAUACCUCCAGAAAUUUGCAGGUUAUGGAAUCUGCAGACAUCCAUUGUUCAAGGGCCUAGUCUAUGGAAAAUAAUUUUUCCUGAGGAAAUUUUGGGACUAAUGCAAUUAAGGCAUCUCAAACUGCCCAAAUUUUAUCUGCCCAAUCCCCCAAGCGUAUCUGCUGACAAAGGGAGUCACGUGGCAACGCUCAAGAAGCUGAAGUUUAAAAGUACUUAUCUAAGUUGGUCGUACUUGGACAUCAUUGCUGAAUUGCCUAGUUCAGAAUUUUCUGUAGAAUUUCUUACACUAAGAUCUCCCACACAUGAUGAUGCAGAAGUAGAAGAUGAUGCAGACCGUCACACAGGUCCUAGUGAGCCUUUACGCGAGUCACAAACUGAAGAUACAUCAAUACAUGAUCCUAAUGGCAUUCAAGAAGAAUACACUCAUAAUUUGCAGAAUGUAGAAGAGUCACUCUCAGUACCCACAGAAGCUGAACUAAGAAGAUCAUCCAGAGCUACCAAACAACCU